AUGGACAGUGAAGACUUUCAGAAGAAGAUCGACGAUCAAAUUAGGAAUAAAAUAGAAGGAGGAAGUAAAGAGACUGAAGGAAGCAAGAGGGGAGGAGAAGAAGAAGAAGGAAAUACGGGAGAGAACCAAGGUGAAAAUCAAGGAGUAGAUAAUGAAGAAGGAAAAGGAGAAGAGAACGAGAAUGAAGGUGGAGAAGAAUCAGAGAACGCAGGUGAGGAAGAUCAAGAGGCUGGUCAAGAAAUCGGCAAAUCGAGGACUACCAAGCAAGUCAAAACAAGAGCGGCACCGACGAGGCAAUCCAAACGCAAGAUCGGACAACCACCAGACUCAGGACCCCAACUAGUAGGACCAGUUCGGAUUAAGAAACCGAAGGGGAAGGCACCCAUGGAUCAAUUCCAUAAUUCCCCGAUGAACCCCCCACCCAACCCAUCGACAUCGUCUGCCCCCCCGAAUAUUCCCCCUCGUACCGCUCCCCCUCAUCCAUCUAAUCCCCACUCACAUUCCCAAUCACAAAUCGCCCGCCCCAAACCAAACCCACCCCCGCAAAAUCAAACCAACGAUCAACGACAACAAGAGUUCUAG